CGUCGGGAUUGUGUGAAAGACAGGGAACCAAGGCGCUUGUUGGUGUAACAGCUUUGCGGGAGGUAAUCCAAACUGUUAAGAAGCUGAGGACAACAUGUCCCAUGUUCUGAACAUCAGAAGCAUCAGACAGGAGGACAUUAAGAAAGGACUGCAGUUUAUUCAGUCUUCACUGCCUUACUUAGGAACACAGGAAGAUUAUGAGAUUUUUGAAAAAGCUUGUCAUAGAUCUUUACAAUGAAGGCAAUGAUUUAUAUAGAGAAGACUGUGCGAAGGAUUCCCUAAGCCAGUAUACUGAAGCUCUAAGCAUAGCAGAGUAUGCAUCUUCUGAUGAUAUCAACAUCCCCAGCAAGACUUGGGAAAGGCUGUACGUGAACCGGGCUGCAUCCUACUUGGAAAUGGGUUUAUAUAAGGAAGCUUUAAAAGACUGCGAAGAUGUACUAAAAUUAAAUGACUGCAAUCUUAGAGCUCUGUACCGCAAAUCCAAAGCCUUAUUCAUGUUAGAGAGAUACACGGAAGCUUAUGAUUCUGUAGCCAAGUGCUCUUUGAGUGCUCCACAGGAUGAAAGUGUGGUGAAGUUAUCCCAAGAUAUUGCUGUAAAGCUAGGCCUGAAAAUCAGAAAAGCAUAUAUCAGAGCCAAGACGAGUUUAAGCAUGGCUUCAGAAGAAGAAGGAAGAAAGAAUGUGGACUCUCUUGCAGAACAUAUAGAACCAGAUCUACCUGCAUUUAAUUCUGAAAGCCCUCUCUUGCCCUUCUCAUCACUUGCUGUUGCUACUGACUCCUUCAGUGGAACACCUUCAUCUUCAGCCUGCAUCUCCCCCAGUGUGUUUCCCAUUGCAGAAGUGGGAACAUUUCCUUCUGCGAUUGCCAGUAAUGGCGUAUCAUCUCCAUUUUCUAUCACAUGUAUGAAUUAUGGAGAUGGAGAUAUUCUAGGUGAUGAACUGGAUAAAUUUCUUGAUUCAGUGCCAGGAUCAAAUGACAUUCAUAAGGCAAGUGCUGCUGUUGGACUCUUCCCAAGCAGUAAACAAAAUAUUUCAGGAUCUCCAGUACAAAAUAUACCUGUCUUUCCUGGAUUUUCAACUGAUCAAUACUCCCCGUCACUGAUUUCAUCCUUUGAAUCUAUGGUUUUGACCUCUGCAACUGUAACCGACUAUCAAGGCGACCCAUCGGUUUUAGGACAAAUAAAUGGAACAUCCAAAACAAGUAUAUCAGACACAUCUUCCUUCAUAGGGAAGGACUCCACAUAUCUCUUCAGACCUAAUAGUCCUGAUAUUUUAGGGGCUUCUCUGAAGAUAUCCUUACCAGACUCUUUAGUUAAUGGAGCCCAGUCCAUUUCACAGUGUACUUUGAAAGGCAUUAACCCUCUUGAAGAUACCCAUGAAUUUAGACAGGCUUGCCAGUUCUGCUUUUCCAAAUCUGGGACAAGCCAGGCCUUUGUAUUUAAUUCUGGUUUAAAUCAUAAAUGUAAAAAGGAUAUACUACUUGGAAGGAUUAAAAGCUCUGUGGAUGCAUCAUGGAAGAAAAUAAGACCAAGGCCAAAAAAUCAAUAUUUGGGACCUUUCUAUUUAUGUAAAGAUGUCCUCCAAGGAAAUGAUUGUACAUAUCCAAACUGUACCUUUGCAUACUCCCAAGAAGAAAUUGAUGUGUGGACACAAGAAAGAAUGGGAACCUUCUGCCGAGAAGCCCUUUUUGGGGGUAAAGGCAAGAUCAGCCUUACAAUACCACAUCUACUACAGGAACACCCUGGGACGUUUGUGUUUCUCUGUGGGAAAUGCUUUGAUCACAAGCCCAGAAUUAUAAGCAAGGGAAAUAUGGACAACCCUUUUUUUUGUUCACACCCUGGUUUAAAGCAUGCUUUUCAAGAUGUCAAAUGCCUUGUGCACAUAAACCUAGGGGUGACUGUAAAAUAUUCAAAGAUCCGCCCUUUUGAAUUAAAUUUUGUGUUAGACUUAUGUCGACAUGAGGUUCGAUAUGGAUGUCUGAGAGAAGACUGCUGCUUUUAUGCACAUAGUUUGGUAGAACUCCGGGUUUGGGUCAUACAGAAGGAGACAGGAAUAUCUCUUGAUGCCAUUGUUCAGGAAUCAAGAAAGAGUUCAGCAGCGGAGUCAUUUGCCCCUAGAUCUCAGGUGCUUAAUAUCCCAACUAAUGCAGGUAAUCCAAACGCCAAGAUAAAGUUUGUGUGUGGACAGUGCUGGAGAAAUGGACAAGUCAUCGAGGCAGACAAAAACAAGAAAUAUUGUAGUGCAAAAGCGAGACACCAGUGGAGCAAGGACCACCGGAUUGUCUUAGUGAUGUCUGAGCGUAAAAAGUGGAUAGCCAUCCGCCCUUAUCCAGCAAAGAAACCAGCUCCUCUGCAGUUUGAGAUGUGCAAUCAUAUUGCGAGUGGCAAAAAAUGUCAGUAUAUAGGAAACUGUUCUUUUGCUCACAGCCCAGAAGAAAAAGAAAUCUGGACCUCUAUGAAAGAGCUUGGGCUUCAGGACAUGGAGCAACUAUAUGAAAAACUGAUGAAAAAAGAUACAGUUGAAAAAUGGGAUGGAGCCUCAGCUCAAGUAAACAAACAAAUUCAUCUUCCUACUGACUAUGCAGAAACAACCGUUGAUUUUCAUUGCUGGUUGUGUGGUAAAAACUGCAAUAGCGAGCGCCAAUGGAACAUGCAUAUUUCUUCAGAGAAGCAUAAAGAAAAAGUAUUUCACUGUGAAGAGGAUCAGAAUAUUUGGCAGCAUCGCUUCCCAACUGGGAAAUUUACUGUAUGCAAAAGGUUCUUAUCUGGCAAAUGUCCUGAAGGAGAAGAUUGCAGUUUUGCCCAUGGAAAUGCCGAACUCGAAGAAUGGAUGGAACGAACUCAAGUUCUACGGCAAAAACUCCUCAAAGCACGCAAAGAUAAGCUCAUUAGCCCAGAUGAUAAUGACUUUGGAAAAUAUAGUUUUCUGAUUAAUGAUUUAAACUAAAUGGCAGAAAAUAACAAAUGAUGGAUAAAAAUGACCUGAUGGAUUAAAAUCCCAUAGACCUGAGACACAUCUAGCUGUGUCAGAAAAGAUGUUUUUGAUUCUCUUGAUAUUAUGGGCCAUGCUAAGCAGAACUGGGCAGAUUUGGAAAGUACCACAGAGAAUCUUUACUGUAUGACAUUUAGUCUGCUUGGCAGUUAAGAGACCAAAGGGACAAUAAAGGUACAGGCCUAAUAUCACCAUCAUUACCAGAUUUUGUAGGGAAAAAAGUGAAUAUAAUCACCCACCAAUCACAUUUAAAGUUUAUGUUUAUAUAUUUAUAAAUUGCCAUAAAAGCACUUUGGUUGUGAGAAGACUCCCGAGUUAGUCAAGAAAUCUGAAAGUUCUAUGUAAUAUUUUUCAACCAUGUGUUUAGCGUGGAUGCAUGAUCCAUAAUAUUGUUUGUUAUUUUGCAGCGCAAUUCUUUUCAUUUCAUUUUUUUCUCUUAUUUGUGGAGGCAGCAAUAAAUCAAAAAUCUAAUUUGCCAAACGUGGGCAAAUUUUAUAUGUGCUAUCCUUGAUACACAAAGCAGAAAAUUAUAUAUAUAUAUUCUUAAGAAAUAUUUCUAAUAAGCCCUUGUGCUAUGACGCUGCACCCUAUUGAGAAGAACAUUUGAAUAUUCCAAGGCCUCAGGAAUGCACCGUAGCAUCUUAUUUGCUGUUUUUCCUCCUGCUGAUACAAUCGUUUGGGGUAAAUUGAUAACAGAUGGAAAAAAUGUUCAAGGUAUAGUAACCCACAGCAACCAAUCAGAUGUUUGCCUUGACUUGACCUGCUCAUUGGUUUCUGUGGGUAACUAGGUUCUUUGAACUUUUUUUUUAAUUUUCCUUAAUAUUCCUUAAAUUGUUAAACAAUUAUAAGUUUAUUCUUACAACUACAUCCUGAAAAAAUGCAGGAGAACCAAAUUGUGAUUUAGGCGUGUGCUUUUCCUACUGUUAGUUGUUAUAAGGUCACUUUUUGUUCACGUUUGUAUAUAUCACUUUACUUUUUAAGUGUCCUUUCCUAAAAAAAUAACAUUAUACGUGCUUUAUGUCAUUUAGUCUUCUUACAUUUAUACACUUGUUCGUUAACUUGUUUUUAUUGCGUUUUAGAACAAAACAUAAUUUUUAUUAUUUUGGAUGCAAUGUUAUUAGAGGAGAGUCUCUUUCCUUUCCGGUUCUGUCUAGGGAUGUGCCAAAUCCACUAUUUUGGAUUCGGCCAAAAGAUUCGAAAGAUUCGGAAGAUUCGGACGAAUACCGAACCUAAUCCUAAUUUGCAUUGCAGGGAAAAUAUCUUUUACUUCCUUGUUUUGUGACAAAAAGUCAUGCGAUUUCCCUCCCCAUCCCUAAUUUGCAUAUGCAAAUUCGGUUCGGCCGGGCAGAAGGAUUCAGCCGAAUCAGAAUCCUGCUGAAAAAGGCCGAAUCCCGAACCAAAUCCUGGAUUCACUGCAUCCCUAGUUCUGUCUAAGUCCUCUGUAUCAUUCCCUAAUCUUUGUCAUAAACCACUGUUGUUAACCACACCGUUUGAAAGUCACAACUGUAAAAAACAGAUGCACGAUAAUGGAGUGCUCAACCUGUAAAAACAUAAACACACUUGGUUUCAGUAUGCUUUAAUACAGAUGAUUAAUCAGAUGGACUUUUGCGUAGCUUUUGUUUUUUUAGUGUUCAUUCUAUAUAAUGGAGUCAAUACCAUAGCACUGUAAACCUUGUUACAAUGUACAGCAAUACAAAGAAAUGAGGGUUUUUCACAACAUACCUUGCCUCCAAAUCCAGGUUAGAUAUCCAGCUAUUAUGGUGUCUAUGCAUUUUGAGUAGGGUGUGGUGGAUAUAAACAUCUACAGUGAGAUGUAUGCGCUUGAGAUGUAACCCUUGGGUACAAUAUAAUCAUUCCAGCAUUUACCUUUCACCAGCAUACUGAACCACAAGUUUUUUGUGCCAACAAGUUUUCAUUUGUAGUUCUAAAAAUAAACCUUUGUCCACCGGUCAGAUAUUAACAUAGUAUGACGUGAGUUGAAAUUGGUUUAAUUCACAUGUUUUAGGCCUGUUGCACAUGUUGCAUUUUCUGCACUGGCAUAGAAAACACUGAUCCAACAAGCUUGGCUCUAUCUGGGUCCUCAUGCGUGCAUUUUCUGCUACGGACAGGCCAGAUGUGGGCCAAAUCAGUGUUUUCUCAGUCAUAAAAACACAAUUUGUGCAAAUACCUUAGGUACCAACUGCUUUGCUACUUAAAAAAAAAAAA